AUGGGUCGCAGUGGGAGUGACAUAAGUUCAGCCGCUGAACCUGUAAACGCGAAGGAUGAGCUGGAUAAAACCGCAAGACAGAAUCAAUACGUGACAGAACUACGAGAACAGGAUCGAUGGCUUCCGAUCAACAAUGUCUCGAGAUUAAUGAAAAAUACACUUCCAGUAACGGCAAAGGUCUCUAAGGAUGCAAAAGAAUGUAUGCAGGAAUGUGUUAGUGAGUUUAUCUCUUUCGUUACCAGCGAAGCCAGUGAUCGAUGCUCUUCCGAUAAGAGAAAAACUAUUAAUGGUGAAGAUAUCCUAAUAUCAAUGCAUGCACUUGGAUUUGAAAACUAUGCUGAAGUUUUAAAGAUUUACCUGGCUAAAUACAGGCAGCAACAGGCUUUGAAGAACCAGAUGUGGUACGAAGAGGAUGAGAGCCCGGCAGAUAAGCCUGAUUCUGCAAAACAGGAAUCCCAACAAGAUGAGGCUACUUAG